AUGGCUCCCGGAAAGAAGUCCAAAUCCUCUUCCUCUGAGAAGAAAAGAUUCGUCACAUCUGGCUCGUCCAAGUCCGCUCCUACCGGUUCCUCCAAGUCGAAGAGCAAGGCAUCGAAGGGGAAGGAACGAGCCUCUGCUGAGAAAACCCCCAAGCGUCAAAUACCUGAUGCGGUUCUCAAGUAUGCCCAAAAGCGCGGCUUCGAGCUCGCCGAGACGGACAGCGACGACGAUGGCAUGCGAAAGUCCCCUCAAAAGCGCAGGAAGGCCAACAAGAAGAAGACCUGGGAUGACUUCACGGAGCGUGAGAUGCCGAUUCCUCGAGACUAUGGCGCAGCAUUUGCGGCCAAGUCAACGGCUCAUUACACCUGGGGUGCCCCGAUGACUUUCACCCCGCCUCCUUUCAAAGCCCCUGAGCCCAAGAAAGCUGUUGCUGCAACGAUUGCCAAGGGCAAAGGAAAGGGCAAGAAGAAGGCCAAAGGCGCAACGCCAUUUCUGGAUGAGAGCGACGAUGAUGAUAUCUACGGUCCUCCCAGUCCGGAUCCAACUCCAACCAAGCUGAAGCAUGGUUCAGUCAUUGAUCUCACUGAUCAAGACAUGCCAACGGGCAAGAUCUGGUUCAUGAAACUCCCUCCCGAGAUCAGGGAUAGAAUUUACGGGUUUGUUCUCGUGGCCGACAACCCCGUACAAGUCCGACAGGGCUGGUCCACGCUCUAUCCCAGAAACCGCCCUUGUCUCGAUACCGCCAUCCUUCGUACCUCCCACGAAAUCUGGAAAGAGGCCAUCGACAUCUUCUACGGCGGGAACAAGUUCCUCUACCUCCUCAGAGAGACGGCGCCGGCUAGGGUCUCCGAGGUUGGCGACGGAGAGGACGAGAUCGUGGUGCAGCACCCUCUCGCGCCCAUGGAGGAGUACUCUUCCGACUACGACGCCGACUACGACGACGAGUACAACGACGACAUUCCCCUCCCAGGCGCAUCCAAGAACCCGCACGUCGAGAUAGACAUCCACCGGUACGGCCACAAGUUCCGGCGCAUCAAGAUCCUCGCCGAGCCCAACCGCACCGAGAAGGGCUACCUCCUGAGCAUGGCCAACGCCAUCUCCGUCUUCCGCAACCUCAAGCCGAUCAAGUGCCGCAUCCACACCAUCGAGAUCGAGAUCACGCCCUCGCGCGACCGCGAGACCGGCGAUCUCACCUUCCUCAACUUCUUCGAGAAGACGUCCGAGGUGAUGAAGGCGCUGCGCGGUCUGCCCUGCCAGUUUAUCGAGAUCAUCGUCAACAUCUCGGACAGGCAGGAGCAGAAGCGCAUCCGGGUCAACAUGAAGUACGCUGCGAAAGUGCGACGUGCCCGCCGCGGCGAGGAUGACCCGUGGAAGGGCGAUCUGCAGAUGGAGAACUACAGGAUCAAUGCGGCCGGCGAGGCACAAGCGCAGCUGGACAAUAUCCCUGCGUCUAUUCGAGCUUUUUGGGACGGCCCCAAGGAUAAGAACAAGGCUCAAGGCCCGGCAAUGCUGGGCGAAGGGGAUGAAGACGACGAUGACGAAGAAGAUGAGGAUGACGAUAUGCUCUGGGGACAGGACUAUGACUGA